AUGGGCGUCUUUAAAAGUCAACAAGAGCAGAUCCUCGCCGACAUCUCGGGCCACGCGCGGCCGGGCGAGGUGCUGGCUGUUUGGGGCCGAGCGUCUGGCCGGCUGAAACCGGACUCGGGAGAGAUCCUGCUGAACGGGGAGCCGCUGACGAAGCGACUGAAGCGCAGUGUCUGCUGCUCCAAGAAGACAUAUUUUUUCGCGAACCUCACCCUAAGGCAAACCCUGACGUACGUGGCCCAGCUGCGGCUGCCUGAGCGGCUGAGCCGGGCCGAGAGGGAGCGUCAUGUCGACCACAUCAUCAGCAGUCUGGAGCUGGACCAGUGUCAGCACACCCAAAUAGGGGAGUACAUGAAAGGCGGCCUGUCCGGAGGCGAGAAGAAGAGAGCCAACAUCGGCUGUGAACUGCUAACUAAUCCAUCUAUCAUGCUCCUCGAUGAACCGAGCACCGGCCUGGACUCGAGCGCCACCUACAGCCUGAUCCGAAACCUCAAGGACUACGCCGUCAAGGAGCGCAAGACGAUCGUGCUCACCGUCCACCAGCCUUCUUCGCAGGUGUUCCACACGUUCGACAAGCUGCUGCUCCUCUGCGACGGGCAGAUGGCCUACUUCGGCGAGGCUGUCGACGUGGUGAACCACUUCGGCAGUCUUGGUCUGUUCAUCCAGCGCCACUACAACCCCGCCGACUUUGCCAUGGAGCAGGUGAAGCCGUCAUCACCCAGUCGACAGCUGGUGUUAUCGGCGGCGGCGGCGGCGGCGGCGGCAGAGACUCGUCUGCUCACCCGGCCAGAGACGCCCUACUCCAGCACGGACAGCCUGAGGUCCGGGGGGUCCGUGGACUCUGAGGGGAACGGGCGGGACAUCUGCGGCUGUGAACGGAGUCCGUGCCGAUCAGGCAGCCCCGCCCACGACCCAGGUGACGUCCGGGGACGCUGCGGCCACGGCGGCACCAGCCACCUGCAUAUCGUCAUCGAGCCGACUGUUGGAGGCCUGAAGCCAGGAGCAGGAAGCGACGUCGACAGCGGCACCUCCAGCUGGUCGAACGUCACCCAGAGUCAGCAAGGGGUGGAUGAGCUCGACCCCGACCGCUGGCCGACCAGCUUCUGGACACAGCUGAAGGUGCUGACAGCGCGGACGUUUCACGAGGCGCGGCCACGCGUGCUGAGCCAGCUGAACCUGUUGCUGACGGUGGUGCUGGCGCUGCUGGCCGGCCUGGUCUGGCUGCGCACCGAACGCUCCGAACAUGCUAUCGCUGACUUCCAGGGCUGGAUCUUCUUCUCCACCAACUACUGGAUGCUCUUCUCACUGUUUGGUGCACUCUUUGCCUUGCCCUCGCAGCAGAAAGUGGUGAACAAGGAGCGGGCGUCUGGGGCGUACCGGCUGUCGGCCUUUUACCUGGCACGGCUGGCUGGCGAGCUGCCGCUGCUGCUGGCGCCACCUGCCCUCUACUUCGUCAUCUCCUACCCCAUGCUGGGCGCCAGUUCGCCGCUCACGUUCGGUCUUCUUCUUCUGCUCCUGCUGCUCAACAGUGUGGUGGCAGAGCGGGUGAUCUGGAUUCAGCGGGUGGUGGUGUAUGCCCGGCGUUAG